AUGGUUGCUUUACCGGAUGGCCUAACCCUAGGCUCUCCGUCCCCAGCUCGCGGCCGUUCUGUCCUCGCAUCCAAGGUUUUCAGCCCGGGAUCUGUCGUCGCCGUGUUUGCUCACGGCGAAGGGGCGCCUAGUAUAGCUAUCCCGGACAACCUCCAACUAUCGCGGACCUGCCACUACUGUCUGGCCAUAGCGUCGGACGAAGAUCCCGCUGCUACUUCGCCCGUGCGCGUGCGUGCUUGCACCGGCUGUCGCACGGUCUACUACUGCUCGCCGAAAUGCCAGAAGGCCGACUGGGCGCUCGCACACGGCCGCGGCGAGUGCAAGGCUUUCCGACGGGUGCGGGCUCCCGAUCCUGCUUCUAGCUCGUCUGGAAAGGGAGAAGACACCAGCCAUCUAGUUCUGCCUACUCCCGUCCGGACUCUGGUCCAAGUGCUCGUGCGCCCGGAGAUCCAAGCCGCGAUGGCGGAGGUCGAGGGCCACGUCGAGACGGUGCGCGCUACCGACCCGGACGUGACCUGGGCCGGCAUGGAGCUCCAGGCCCGCGCCGCGCUGCAUUACUUGAAUCGGGAGACGAGCCAGAGUAACCUGGCGGAAGCGAUGGAGAUAUUGUGCAAGCUACAAGUCAACUCUUUCAACCGACUUGAUCCAGACCUUGGCCAGAGCGGAACAUACUUGAACCCUGCACUGGCUAUGGUGAACCAUUCCUGCAUACCGAAUGCGUUCGUGCAGUUCAUAGGCCGAGCGGCCAUCUUACAUGCAUACCGAGAGAUAAAGAAGGGCGAGGAGAUAGAGAUCUCAUACAUCGAGUCCACAGUGCACCGUUCGCAACGCCAAGAAGCGCUGAAGACGCGGUAUCGUUUCGAAUGCGCGUGCCCGCGAUGCAAAGAAGACCUAGACGUCUACCAAGUCUGCCAGCGGUAUCCGCAUCUCGAGCUGAACUUAUUCAGCCUCGUCCCCGACCUCGAGAAACUGCGACGCCCGCCCGUCAAACAGCAUCUGCAGUCGAACAGACCUCUGCAGAAGUAUAUCGAGGAGAUCUAUCCAAACUGCACCGAGUCGCUGCAAGGCAUGCCGCUGCCGGAAAAAUCCAAACUGCUCCGCCAGCGCUGGAAGCUGUGCGCGCGGCUCCGCCAAGCCGAACUAUACGCCAUCGACCCCCUGACGCAAGUCAUCGUUGAGGCGAGCGUCUAUUUCUGCGAACAGGCCAACUUCCCCUACGCCCUGGCAUUAUCCUGCUUCCUCGCGCUGGACAUCGACCCGUACCGCGGCCCCAUGCCCUUCCACGGGCAGCGGGUCAAAGGCAUGCUGUCGAUCGCGAAGCUGCUCGCCAACACGGCUUCGACCGCGCCCUCGACCGCGCCGGGCGGCAAUGCCGGGGCCCUGUCGGCCAGGAUCUCGCGGGCGCUGGGCAAAAUGGACCAGGCCACCAUGUGCCAGACGGUGCUGGCCGUCGUCGUGCACUACUGCCCGGCGGCGCACUCGACCGAGUGGCAGGUCUACCGCCAGGCGAGCGAGCUGCUCCGGGACCUCGAGAGCCUGCCGGGCCGGGACGCCGAGAACGCGCUGAUCGCCGCUUUCGCGAGGGACCCGACCCGCGCGGAAGAGGCCGAGUUCUUCAAGCUGCUGGUUCUGGACCCGAUCCGGGAGCUGGCUGGGUUUGCCCUGGAGAUCAUGGAUGCCGAGUUUGCGUGA